AAAUUCUAAUUAUUAACAAAAACUAUAAUGACACUCAAUGACACUCAAUUUACAUUGACCUGAAUGUAAACAUUCAAAUAAUAAUGAAAAACCCUAAAAUGUAAAAAAAAAAAAAAAAUAAUGUAAUAGUUUAAUAAUAAUUAACUGCAUUCUGUCAUUUGAUAAAAACGGAUCUGAUCAUUGAAACCCCAUGAACAGAAUCUUUUGCAGCAACACAGGCGUAUAAUCACUUACUGUCAUAGAAUAGUAAUAUUUACUACAAUGUGGGCUUAAAAACCUGAGAAAAGUCCGCCAAAAAAAGUCUAUAUUUUGCAUUCUUUUCCCAUUUAAUAAAACAUUAAUUGUAACAUAAUAAUAAUAAAUUAAUUCUAUUGUUUUAACAACAGCAACAGCCCCAUUAAUUCUACUACUACUAAUAGUAACAACAACAACAGAAAUUAUUUAUUUAAGAACGCUUCCUGGGUUAAUGGCAGUAAGUAAACAGCAAAAAGUUUAUCAGUUACAUAUUAACUGACACACCUUGAAUCUUAUCGAUCGUGAAAACCUUCCUCAUUGUGGAAACACAGCAGCGUCUGUCAACAGAGGGAGACCAAACUGAUCUGAGAGCGGCUCCAGACCUGCUGUUUGUUUGCGUCAGACAGGAAGAGGAAGUGAGUGAGUGAGUGAGUGGAGGGAGAUUAAAGCGAAAAGGAUGGAUACAGAGCCAUAUAACGCGAUUUAACGCGCCUUUAUUUCAAUGAAAUAGAGUUAAAGGCGAUGGACGAGUUUCCCCAGCUAAUGUGAUCGUGAUCUGGAAAACAGAGACUCGUUAUUAACACGGGUUGGAGGCGUAGAUUGAGGACGUUGGCCGCAUGAUGUUGGACCACGCCGAUGUGAGUUUGACCCCGGAUGAACGGGUGCGAGCCUUGACCAAGAAGGGCAGCGCGGUGGACAUGAAUGAGGCAGUGCCCCUCCGCCGAUACUUCCGCUCGGGCAUGGAGGUGAUCCGCAUGGCCCAUGUGUACGCCGAGGAGGGCAACACAGAGCACGCCUUUGUCCUCUACAACAAAUGCAUCACGCUUUUUAUUGAAAAGCUCCCCAAGCAUCCAGAAUAUAAACUGUCUAAUAUUCCUGAGAAGAAGGAGAAUUUAAGGAAGCUAAAGGAGACCGCUUUUCCUCAAGCAGAGCAGCUGAAGAAACAUUUACUGAGGAGAUAUGAGAAAGAAUAUGCUGAGUUCAUCAGCAAAAAGCGUGCAGAAGAUCAGGCGCUGGAGCGGGAGUUGUCUCGGCAGCGUGAGCUGGAGGCGGAGAGGCGGCGUGUGGCGGACAUGCAGAGGAGGCAGCUGGAGCAGGAGCAGUUCAGCAGGUUUGAGGAGUUGAUCCGGCAGCAGGACCGGCAGCAUAAGAGUCAGCUCGUCCACGAGUUCAACACACCAGCGCCCCUCCAAGACGACACACUGCUCAUUCCUGGGAUCCAGGGUCCCCCUCUGCCCUACCUAGAGUCCCCCACUCCCCCUCAGAGUCCACAGUACCCCUCGGCUAAUCACAGCGCUCCGUCAGCUUCCAGCCCGGCUGUACCCCCGACCUUUGACCGCUCACUUAAACCGGGUCACCUCAGUAACAACACUACAUUGGUCGAUGGUUUACGGCAGAUUGCUGUUCCUGCUGAGCUUUGCGGCAAAUUUCUGCGAUUGGCCAAUAACAACACCAUAAGAGCAGUGGAAACCUGUGGGAUACUCUGUGGGAGACUGAACAGGAACGCAUUCACAGUGACACAUGUGAUUGUGCCGAAGCAGUGUGGAGGUCCAGAUUACUGUGACACAGAGAAUGAAGAGGAGCUGUUUCUGGUGCAGGACCAGUACGACCUCAUCACGCUGGGCUGGAUACAUACUCACCCCACUCAAACAGCCUUCCUGUCCAGCGUUGACCUGCAUACUCACUGCUCAUACCAGAUGAUGCUGCCGGAGUCCAUUGCCAUCGUCUGCUCUCCCAAAUUCAAUGAGACGGGCUACUUCAGGCUGACAGACUACGGCAUGGAGGAGAUCUCAAGCUGCACUCAGAAAGGCUUUCAUCCGCACCCCAAAGAACCUCCUCUUUUUACUGGUGGCAGCCACAUUAGAAUCACAGAAGGCACUGUAUCAAUGCUAGACCUGCGAUGAUCCAUCUCUGAUGUCCACACAGCGGUACCAUGAAGCUUAUUUUUUUAAUCUGUCCUCGCUAACUCCUCUGAUGGACUCGCUCUGGUAUGGCACCAGCUUUCACUGGUGGUGGGUUUCUUCACAGACAGACUCAUCUAAAAUAAGCACUUUUUGGGAAAUAUGAAGACACUAACUGAAGCAGCAUCUUUUAUGACAUCCGUUGGGAGCUCAGGAACACAAACACCUCCACAGGACUGCAGCCCAUCCCUGUUUCAGUUUGAUGAUCUAGUGAGCCAUACGCUAAUGUCUUGUUGCACUCAAAGUUUAUUUAUGCUCUUAGUGACGUCACACACACUAACAUAUCACAUCUGCAGAAACAACAUUAAAGCAAAGGGUUUUAUAAACUACUGAGUAUCUUUGGUAAAAGCUGAACGGGUCACACCUGCAGGGCUGCACCUGUCAUGAAUGCCAGCGAUUAUCAGCUUAAUUCAUUUCUUAUAUAUUUUGUAAAAGCAACUUCAAUUUUGGUAACAAUCAGUCCACGAUGUUGAAUUGUCGGUUCUGAUUGGUUGACAAUAUGAUGGGCCGUUCACACCGAAUACGUUUUUGCAUUUAAAAAUGUGAGACACAGGAGAGUGGAAUAAAAUGCAAGGUUUUUUGAAAGCUAAACUUCUUUUAAUCUGAGAAUCAUGUAUUUAAAACGGUCAUGUGAGACACUGAAAAAGUCACGAGCGCAACGGUAAAAGAGGUGAUACAAGCAUUUCAAAACAUGAGACAGGGCUGUGGGAUGAAAAAAAAAAAAGCAAAGUAUAGAGAUUUUUUUUUAAUUUGAACUACUUUUAACUU